CUGACAUGCAUCUUUGCCUCUUUAGGGCCACAUCAAAAAAGACAUCAGGUAUUGGAAGAUUCCGUGAGACUGGGACGAGAUCGGUCGUUUAAUGCAAUACCUUCCCGUCCUACUUCAACUUACACUACUUCUUUCUUUACCACACAUUUACGCCUUUCACUUGCUGCAUGGCAAUUAGCAAAUGUGUUGUCUAUUACACUCGCUUUAUCUCUACCUAGUAUUCACUCACUUAUCAAGGCUUCAAGGCUUCUGCAAAGUACCCCAAGCUACGAAACAGAUAGACAAGUUAACAAGCCAACUCGUAAGCGUCAGUUGUGACAACUCGACAGCAGCCGCUCGAUCCACUGUUCGAUUUUCCUCUCAGCCCUCCUCCCCAGGUCGCAUAACUGGCGGAAGGACAGAGCGAAUCCUUACCUUUGGCGAUCGUUUCUGAAACAAUCCAUUAUUUAAGAACUGAUGAGAGCGGGAAA